AUGGAAUUUAAAAAGGUAUUAAAGAAGUUAUCAGAAGCGAAGAAACUUGCAUCAGGAUAUUAUGUCGGUGGGAUAAUACUUUCACUUGCCUUUUUUAUUUUAAAAAUAACUAAUGGUGUCUGCAAUGUUGUUUUCAACAUGGAAGGUGAAUGCGGUCUCGAUCACAGAGAGCAUGAAAUAAUGGUAUUUCUUGCCAUUAUAGUAUUUUACAAAAACAGGAAGGCAGCUAAUUGGAUGCACUGUUUAGCGAAUAUGUUUAUGUUCUGCAAAUUAGCUAAUAUUUAUUUGUUUGUACGUGCCGAUCUUAUUACUGGUGUUAUUUACAUUUUUAUGUGUUUAAGUAAGCUUUGUUUAGCUUUUUUUAAUUUUUCGCCUCAAGAUGAAAUUCAACGAAAUACACGAAUAACAUGGAUAAUUUUUUUCUACACUGCUUGGUCUCCUGACUGCAAACAUGUAUCUCCAGUUUUCGCCGAAUUGAGUGACAGGUUUAAUUUGCCAAAUCUUCGUUUUGCCAAGUUAGAUGUGGGUAGAUGGUCUCAGGAAGCAAAUAGAUUUCGAAUUAAUGCGCAUCCAACCAGUAGACAAUUGCCAACUAUCUCACUUUUCAAAGAAGGAAAAGAAGUGCAGCGGCGUCCCAUAGUACGAAAUCGACGUGCUGUGCCUUUCACUUUCAGUAAAGAGAACUGUGUUCUUGCAUUUGAUCUUAAUAAUUUAUACGAAAAGUGCAAGCUGAAUAUGACCAAAAGUGAAAAAGUGCAAAUUAAGAAUGAAGGGUCAACGAAAGGGAAUUAA